UAAAUGUACUCAACUGCAUGCAGCUCAGCUGACUGACCAUUCAUGCACAGUGAACAGCGAGGGAGCGAGAGAGGGCACAGAGACCAGAGAGAAAAGAAGAAAGCACACAGAAUUACUGAUUGAGAACUGAUUAGUAAAACCUAGCAGAUCUGGAUACCAAACUGAGAAAGUAAUUUGUACACAGAGACUGUAGUUCAAGAAGUGCAGCAAAAAGUACAGAACUUUUCGUCCUGACCUUUUAUCAAAUGCGUGAAGAAAUGAAUGUAUUUUGGCUGCACAUUCAAGUUACCUUUUUUCUUGACCUUUAAGCAGGAUAUCCUGAAGGUUGAAGAAUGUGGAGCUUCUAGAUUGAAUUGAAGAGGUCUUGAGAAGACAGUGAUGUGGCUCUGCAGUGACAAGAUCAAGGACAGCUGAUCAUGAAGACCACGACUUCAAUCUCCAAUGUAUCGCUGCAGCCAGAUGUUCAUAACCACAGCGCACCGCACAGCUGCAGCAUCGACGAGUCCUACAAGUACAUCAUCUUGCCUCUAUGCUACUCCUUGACCUUCUUGCUCAGCCUCGUCCUGAACUCCACCGUCCUCCUUCGGUCCUACCGGUGCAAGAGCGGCCGUCAGUGGAACACUUCGCUGAUCUACAUGGUCAAUCUGGCCUCCACGGAUCUGAUGUACAGCUUCUCGCUGCCGUUCCUCGUAGCCAGCUAUGUCAUGCGUGACCAUUGGGUUUUUGGAGACUUCAUGUGCAGGCUGGUGCGUUUCUUGUUUUACUUCAACCUGUACUGCAGCAUCUUCUUCCUCACCUGUAUAUCUGUUCAUCGCUACAUGGGAAUCUGCCAUCCAAUCAGAAACAUUGCUUUGGAGAGCAAGCGGGUGGUUAGGGGCAUUUGCGCAACUGUUUGGGUCAUAGUGUUCAUUCUUACAUGCCCAAUCGUCAGAUUUGCCAAAACAGGGGAUGUUUUGAGGAAAAUCGGAGGGGGGGUGAAUGAAGCAACCGAUUCUUGGUCGGAAAGUAGCGGAAAUGCUGGAAAAGUGGAGGUGGAGGUAUAUAGGAACUGUUGGGACGACGCAAUUGAUAGUGAGUUUUCCGAAUACGUGCCUUAUGGAAUCGUUCUACACCUUCUGGGCUUCUUCUUCCCUUUUAUCGUCAUCGCAUGGUGUUACUCGCAGGUGGUGCGGACCAUCUUCCAAACGCUUCACUCCCAGCCACAGGUGCAAGAGGAAGGGGGAAUGUGCGGCGGGGUCGAAGGGGUCAAAGACAGGACGUCCAUGUCCAUCUCUGGCUCUCAACAUGCGCCGUACCUCAACAGGCGGCGCAAGUCCAUUAAAACCAUCGUCACCAUCACCAUCCUGUUCGCACUGUGCUUCCUGCCCUUCCACAUCACACGCACGCUCUUCCUCGUCCUCAAGGAAACGAAGGCCGCCGAGUGCCAAACCAUGCGGAUGGUUUCCAUUUGCUACAAGAUCACUCGGCCGCUGGCUUCCUGCAAUUCCUGGCUCAAUGCACUCCUUUAUUUCUUAACAGGAGACAAAAGCUUAGCCUGUUGUGGACGGACCAGCGCCGGUCACAACACCCACUUGCUCUGGCCUUUACAGAUUCUUGGAGGACAGAAAGAGGCUGAGGAUCAAGAGCAAGGCAAUUCACAUAAAGCAGAGGAAGCUCACGAAAGUGACUCGAAAUCUUCAGGAAUAACAUAGAGGAGAUCGGGAAUGCAGUCUCAAUGGGACAGACCUACUUUUAAUGCUCUAGAUUUCAUAUUAUUUAUUAUUCAUUCAUAUUACUGAGCAAUUUCACACAAUCUUGAGUAUUGCUGUAUGUUUUAUGCUAGUAAGUGACUGGGUAUCUCUUUUAAACAAUAUUUUUGGAGUUGGUGAGUAAAAAAUUAUUUUGAAUCAGUAGAUAAUUUUAAAAUAAUCAUUUCUUAAAGUAUAAAACUGGCAUUUCUUAUGCACAAUAUAAGUUAUUAAUUGCUGACUGACUAGAAGUAAAGGACAGUCAACAGGCCAAAAUAAUAUACAAAAGAAACAGGAAGCAAAAAGUUACUAAUUGACAUCUUGUGACAAUUAAACCGAUUUGCUCACACUAUUAGCAAAACUAAUAUGACCUGUAUGCUGUCGAGAUCCUGAAACUGUCGAACUGCACAUACUUUUACAAUUUAAUAAAGAUCCUGUAGUGAAUAAAAACUCAUUUUAAUGUAUCUUAAAAAUAAACAAACUUUUUCCAAAUUAAACUUUAAAAACAUACUUUCAGCUCAUUGUAAAUGUCCAUGCUUUCUGUUUGAAUUGCAAUUCCUAAGCAUUUAUUUGUUUUUAUGAAUAUUGUUCACACUGAUAGAAUAAAUGUUAUACAUAAUUUUACUUUGUUUAAAUUGAUGUUUACCUUGUUAAACACACACACUUUCAGACUAGCAUUGUGAUUAGGCUUGCAUAUGUAAGAGUGUAAAAUUCAUAAACAACUGUGAAUAUUUGUUUUAUGAAUGUUAUGAUACAAUUCACCACGGUUAUGGUAAAUGGUUAAUCUUGAAUAUGUAAAAAUUCACCAUGACGUUUUUAUUAAUUGUUAUAACAUAAUUCACAUUGACAGCAUUUACUUUGUAGCACUUUACAGUGAGGUAUGAUUUGUUCAAAUUAGUUAACGCAUUAGGAAUCAUGAACAAUCUUUUUUUUAACAUAUACUACAUUUAUAAACAUCAAAAGCUUAAUUAAACUUUAUAUACACGUUUACCUUAUUCAAAUACAGUUUUGUAGUGCAUUACUGAUGUAUGAUGGUUUAGUAUGACUGACUGGCAUGCGUCCCAAGGUGACUUGUGGAUUAAUCCUCAGUGAAAAUAACCUUAAAU